AUGAGACUUUCAUUUGGAACAAUCCUUCUUUUCUUCGUUGUCAAUUGCUUGGCGGGCGGUAUUCGUGGCGCUUACGAGCGCAUGUACAUCUGGUACGCAUAUCAGGCCAACAUUGACCUUCUCGAGAACGGCCUCCAGGGCAAAGACAAACUCAGCCUCGACAGCCUUGAUAUCUGCAAGGGCCAAACUGGAAGUGGGCGCCACGGUACGAUGACGUUCAAAGAGUUCAUCGGUUUCACCAACAGAGACGCCAAAGGCAGGACUCCUCCGCUCGCGAGAUGGAGAGACCUGCCUGACAACAACCCACCUUACUACGAUAGGACUGCUCAGGCCCUAUUAGACAAAAGAGCAACCGCUAUGUGGUUCAAAACCGAAGACAUUGUCGAGCACGCCACAAGCUACACUAAGCUUCUCCCCGAGGUCGGUGGUGUCGUUUACGGGCUUAGUAACUCCCUUCCUGGCGACAAUAGCAACAUCCGUAAAGCCCUGGUAUGCAUUGGUCAGGUCGAGAAGACCCGCCAGGUCGACUAUGAUCGCUAUCGUAUCCCAGCAAUGAAAGCCAGCCCCGAGUUUAAGGACUACAAGAUUGAGCGUUUGCAGCUCGUCUUGGGAACCAAACAGGGAAGCUCAACGGCCGUUCUUGAUUUGGAUGUCAUUGCACAAGACAAUAAUGUCAAACCUGCCGACUUCAGAAAGAAGGGUCAGAAUUGGGAGAACAAAACAUUUUUCAAGGAUUCGGCCAAUGGCACCAAAGCAAGCAAUCACUUCAGUGCUCUCAGGAGUGCUAAACAAGCUGUACGCAAAGCUGAGACAGGUAGUUGCUAG